AUGCCAGGUGUAUCAGUAAGAGACGUUCCAGCUCAAGAAUUCAUUAACGCUUAUGCCAAGUUUUUGCAAAGACAAGGUAAAUUAGAAGUUCCAGGUUAUGUUGAUCUCGUCAAAACCUCUGCUGGUAACGAAUUGCCUCCACAAGAGGCUGAAACUUGGUUCUACAAGAGAGCUGCUUCAAUUGCUAGACACAUUUACUUGAGAAAACAAGUUGGUGUCGGUGCUUUGAACAAAUUGUACGGUGGUGCUAAAAACAGAGGAUUCAGACCACACAAACAUGUUGACGCUUCAGGUUCUAUCAACAGAAAAGCUGUUCAAAGUUUGCAAAAAAUUGGUGUUUUGGAAAUCUCUCCAAAGGGUGGUAGAAGAAUCUCAGAAAACGGUCAAAGAGAUUUGGAUCGUAUUGCUGCUCAAACUUUGGAAGACGAAGAAGAAGAUUAA